CUGCUCGUGUUGACGGGGCACAUGAGGAAACUUAACCAGGAGAGAAGUGUUCAACGCACCGCCACCACAAUGCCUCUCACGUCCCUGGACUUUACACUUCCUCUCUAUAUUCUCUCCAGAUUGGUGACGAUUCAGUGCUACACUUACCAGACCAAACCUAUUUUUCUGUCUUUCUCUGACUUGGCCGCCCUCGAAGCGGACUCUUCGCACGAGACAAACAAAGCUCGCUUCGGGGACCCUGUCGUCGACCACAAGGUCAAGACGUUUGCGGUGAAAUGUCACGAGGACGCCGUCGAGGUCGUGAUGAAAGCGUAUCUGUUUGACCAGGGCCGCCUGCCCGUGGAGCCCACGCACUUGAGGCUCGGCCCUUUCAGCGCUGUGCAAGAUCACUGCACGGCCAAGAUGUCUGCAAUAGGGGAGUACGUCAUCAGAGCGCCUUUGGCUGAGUGCGGGAGUGAAGUGACGUUCACCCAGAGUACUGUGCUCUACAACAACCUCCUGCUGUACUCUCCUCCUCCAUCACCUGGAGGCUCGUUGCAAACUGAAGGAGCUGCUAUUCCAGUCCAGUGUGAAUAUGGAAGGAGGUACGAAGUGAGAAGCCGGGCCCUGAAACCAACCUGGAGUCCUCAGAUCUCCAUCCAGUCUAAACAGCUCGACCUGGACUUCCACCUCAGGCUCAUGACAAAUGACUGGAGCAGCGAGAGAAAGUCAUCAGUUUACUUCCUGGGUGAAGUGGUCAACAUCGAAGCCUCUGUAGAUCAUCAUCACCUUCCUCUGCGUCUGUAUGCAGACAGCUGUGUGGCUACUCUGACCGCCGAUGGGAAUUCUUUCCCCAGAUACCCCUUCAUAGACCACCACGGAUGUUUUACAGACUCUCAGCUGAACGGCUCGAGGUCCCGUUUCCUGCCCAGAGUCCAGGACCAACUCCUCCAUAUUCAACUUGAACCUUUCCUCUUCCACCAGGACCACAGGCACACUAUGUAUUUAACAUGUUACCUGGAAGCAGAGCCCAGUUCAAACAAGCAGCGUGUGAAAAAGGCCUGUUCGUUGAGGAGGGGGAGGUGGAGGUCAGUGGAUGGGAUUGACCGUGUGUGCAAGAGCUGCAGAAGAGUUAAAAAGAAUCACUCCAGUGGUGCCAAGUCCAACCACAAGAGGGCGCUGAGGAGCAAAACAAAGCACAGACAAACUGAGCUGCACCAAACCAAGUUGGGUCCAAUGAUAUUUCUGCCUUUUUAAAAAAAAAAUGAACUACAGUUGGAAAACACAAACAUCUGUGUUGAAAUAAUGGAGUUUAAUAAAUGUGUUUAAGUACCUGUGAAAUAUGAGGAAAAAGCAAUUGUUUUAAUCUGCAGUCGGGUGUCCUGGCAUAACUUAACCAUUUACAAUAUCGUCUGUAAUAAAGUGUUGCUGGAA